AUGCGCCUCUCCCAGGCUUUGGUCCUUGUAGCCUUUGCUCCAUUCGCAUUUUCAUACCCAAAGUUUACAGUUCCGGCAGCCGCAGCGGUGAAAUCGGCCGGAACUGCAUUCACUGUUACUUGGGCAGACAAUGGAGAUGCACCAUCGGUAGCUGAUAUAGCAACCUAUUCACUUGAUGUCUGCGCAGGAUCUACAUCUGGUGCGGAUCUCGAAGUGGUGGUUGCAGUAUCAGCUGGCACUGCCUUGACAAGUCUCACGACGACUGUCACUGUCCCGGCGACAAAGGGAGGUUCGGUCACCAAUGCAUACUUCAUGAGAAUGAUAGCGACAGCCACUGCUGGAGGGACCGUCACAGUUUACUCGAAUAGAUUUUCAAUUAGUGGUAUGACGGGGACAUUUGCAACCACAUAUACAAUUACUGGCACCGCUGGUCCAGCCACAGUCAAUACCGUGGCAGAUACCGCUGCCGUAUCAUCAUCAGCAGCAUCGUCUGGUGAUGGCAUUUAUGCAAUUCCAUAUCAAUCACAGACUGGUCUUACCAAAUAUGCCCCAAUGGGUGUAAUGCCUGGUACCACUAUAACGGCCACCGAUACAGCACCUCAAUACCCAACGUCGUCUGUUCCUCUGGCAACCGCAUAUUUGAGCUCGGCAACCAUUGAUACAACUUUGACUCAAGCUCAAACAGCUUCCUUUGCGAGUCAUGCUAAUACGGGUGCUCCUGCAUCGAUGCCCACAGAUGAUAUGGCAAAGUUCUUGGCUAGAUGGAAAGAUUGA